AUGGUUCUAUACCGACAUCCGGUCGGCGGUCGUAUGGUCGUACCCCGCUUGUGUACAGCCUCGUCUACCCCCCGAUUGCUGCAACCAGAAACACCAUCAUCACCUUUAAUGGUCAACCCCUUCGACUUCCGCACUAACAUGCUCGUCACCGAAUUCACCUCUCGUCUAGAAGCAGAACAUCCGCAACUUGCACGCCAUCUCACGCUCGCCAACCUUGUCAAAUUUGUCAACCUCGCCAGUGAGGUAUACCACCGGGCUGAUCAUGCGUUGAAUUUUACCUCAGCUGACACCAGGGUCCUACCGUUCCUGUCCCUCGCCUUGCAACUUGACCUGGACAUGGACGAGUACGAAGCUAUCUGGAAUCUUACGUUUCCAUCGGUCCCGUUCGCGCACAUUAACCCUGCCAAUCUCAUACGCUUGCAUGGCCUGGAGGUUAAACUUCCAACGAAGAUUCACGAAGUGUAUCUCACUCCACCUACUUCAAUCUGCCUAGUUUGCGACCAACCCUCCGGACGACCACUUGAGAUUCGCCCUCGAAGGCUUGGCUAUGUGUACGACCUUGACGGUAUCCACUCCGCCGAGUUCUAUACCUGCUCUUGUUUAGAUUGUCGUGCCACCUACCGACCGUCGUAUUACACCACAGACGAAACACGUGUAUACUACACCAAAGCCCAGGGAGCCCACCCGGAUCACUACCAGGUACACUGCCACUUUGGCAUGACCUACCGUCUAGCAAUGUCCUUCCGGCAAUUGCAGAUGUUAGCGCAUGCCCAUGGAGACAACACCGACCGUUUACUACCCGCGAUGAUUAGAGAGCUCCAUUAUAUUGCGAAUAAUGGAGCUCUACACCGUGAUCAUUUUUGUUCGUUGUGUGUGCGAACGUAUCCGAUUGAGCAUGAAGGCAAAGAAACAGUAAAAAUCAUCCGAGAGGUGGUCACCGACGGCCUUACGAUAGGCCAUUGGCGGUGCACUGCAUCGUCGGCCCAGCUCCAAGCGCUUGCUCAUCGCGCCGGGGCUCCUCCUCCUGAUGGCCCGUGCCUGAAUGCGUUACCAAAAGUAACUUCUCGAUUUUGUGCCGAACAUGAAGAAACUUUGAAAGGAUGGUGCGUGGCGCAACCUUGCACCAAACUUGCUGAACCUGGAUCGGAAACAUGCAAAAGCCAAAAACACAAGGAAGCUCUAACGGCCUUUCAAGCGUUAAAAAAGAAGAAUUUCUCGCUCAAAUCCAUGCUCAACCGCCCUGGAUCUCACCUUCCCUCGGACCCUUCGGUCCACCUGCAUCCUGACACCGCGGAACUCAUUGAUUUUGACGCCCUCCACCAAGCCAACGAGGCCGAUCGAGAACACGAGGCUGCUUGUGACGGGGGCGCCGCUAAGCCCAAAGGUACUCCGGUGUUGAGCCGCUCCCGAACGCAUAAUGACCAACUGAUCGUUGGUGCGUGCGGUAUCAUAUUGUCUUGGUGUACUUUCUACAACGCAGAAGCACCAAGUGCCCUGAGAGACUAUCUUGUUGAAGCGUUCCCCGAUGGUCUCCCGGAAGUGAUCUUCUACGACAAUGCCUGCAACCUGUUACGAGUGAUACAUAAUGGAGACAAGGAUCCGACUCCCUUCGAAAACACUGUCAUUCCGGUGGACCCCUUCCAUCAUCGCUCUCAUAAAGAGAGCAAUAGCUUUUGUCAAAUGUACACUGACCCGAAAAAAUUCCCCGACUUGUAA